AUGUGGCACGCUGAUAAAGAAUUAGUGUAGUUUCUUUGGAAACAUCUCGAGGUGUCAAAGCCAGAUCUUACUCAAGCUGUCAGCUUGGUUGUGGAAAGAGAAAAACAGAAAGCUGAAGUUAAGGACAGAAGCAUUUUAGAGGUUUUGCAAGCCAAAGACAGCAAAAUAGAAUCUUUAGAACCGAGGCUCGCAGGACAGCAGCAGGAGAUAAACAGCUUAAUGCAGAGAAAAAGUGCUGUGGAUGAGGAAAAUGCCCGUUUGAAGAAUGAAUUCCGUAACUUGAACUGGAAAUUUAAAGAUAAAAGCCAAGAACUUAAGGACACUGAGGAGCGUGCACAGAAGAAGGAAGAGCAAAACAGACUGGUUAUAAAAAGCCUGGAGGAGGAAAAUAAGGGAUUAAAUAUAUGCUGUGCCGACCUGCUAAGUGACCUGGAGAAACUGAGGAAGCAGGAGGCACAAUGGAAAAAAGAAAUAUCUGGCAAUGAUACCAGAAUAAAGAAUUUGGAAACCGAUUUAGCAGAGACAAGAGAACAAAUAAAAAGUUUGCGCAGUAUAUACAGUAACUUGUCAUCUCAGGUAGAUGUGAAACAGGAAGAACUUUUCCAAAAGGAUUGUGAUGUGGUUGGAGCAAAGAAGAAGUUAGAGGAGCUGCAGAAUCUUUACAGACAAAACACUGAAGAUAGAACACAGCAGGCUGAGCUGAUAAAGCAGCUAGAGGCUCUCAGUGCUGAUAUACAAACAGUACUGCAACACCAUGAACAUGCUCACACAGCUAAAACAACAUAUCAAAAAGUAUUCUCCCAAAUGACCCUACUGGAACACCAGUAUUUGAGAACACAGUGCCACGUGAUGAUUGUACCAAAUGUAAUGUUCUCUAUUGAAAUGAGUAUUUGUCUUAAGAAUAUGCGCAAACAGUUGCAAAUAUUUCAACAGCCUUCUUUAAGUGAGCUAGAGGACUGUAUUACAGUGCAAGAAUCUGAAAUUGAGCUUUUACAGAAAAAAUUGAAGUAAGGGGAUCCUAACCUAGCAGAGCAUAAUUUGUACACUGCAGAUACUCUGGAAAGCAACAAUAUAAGGACUGGAAGAAAGCACGAGAAACCACCUGUGAAACAUUCAAGGUCUCUGUCCCCAAAGAGCUCUUUUAGAGAGUCAGAGGAGUCUCAAGAAUCUUAUGAGCUAAGAGCAGCCUGUGGAAAACACGAAGAAAGGCUGCAGAUGUUACAGACCAACUACAGAGCGCUAAAAGAGCAAUUAAAGCAGUGGGAAGAGGGCAAUAGCAGCUUUGAAAAUACUAAAAGCAGAUACCAACACACAAGCUCCUGUCAGCUUUGUCAAGAGGAUUGUGAUGUGAUGUGGAAUGAAAUGGCUUUUUUCAAAAGGGAGAACAAGAAGCUGCUGAUUGAGAAACUGAAUCUUAAGAAAGAAUUGGAUCAGAUGAAAAUACACCAUUCUGUAAAGCCACUUGUUAAACUUAGUGAAGAUCAUGGGGUCAAGGGUAAUACUCCAAAGAGAUAUAUGAGAGAAGUUUCUCAUGAGAUGCUACAGAACGUACAACAACUGGAAAGAAGAUUCAAAGCUAUUGAAGAGGAAAUAAAGAAACAGAUAAAUAAAGACUUACUGAAUGAGAAAGUGUAUUUGAAAGAAUCUCUAAAAGUGCAAAAGAAAGAUGCAGACACAAGAAAAAGAGAGCUGGAAACACUACUUAAGAGGAUUUGUGAGGUAAAAAAAGAAAAAGCAGAACUUCAAUUCAUGAUUGAUGAGAAGGAAAAAGAAGCUGCCUCUUUGAAGAGGCAAGUGACAGAAGCUAACAGGUUGAGAAAUGAAAGUGAAGAUUUGCUGAGUCAAGUGCAGGAGCAGAAGUGUUUGCUGGAUAAAGCCAAAGCAGUGGCAAUCUCUGGGUAAUGUAAUUGCAAGAUAACAGGCACCAAGGUUAAAUUAAAAACAGCCAAGAAAAAGAGCUCUUUGGGACAUCAUGAAGCUUUUCUCAAACAGUCCAUCAAGGUUAUGAGUAAUGUGUUUGAGAACUUCAGUAAGGACGGCUGGGAGGAUGUGAGUGAAAGCAGUGACUCUGAAAUAGCAACUUCUGAAAGUUUGGAAACAGGGAUUAGGAAGACAGUGCAGAACACUGAUCCACUGCCAGACAGAAAUAAACAAGAAGAAAAAAAGCCCUUGAGCAGAGCAAAAGGGAGAAAUGUCACUGUCCAGAAACCAGGCUACUCUGUUACUCUAUUGCAGGAAAAAAUUAAACCACUGCAGAAGGUAGGAGCUGUUGUACAGAGGAAAAAAAAGACAAUAGUGACUUCCAUUAAAAAUGUUAAACAAACCGAUGAAAAAUUAAGAAGUCAGCUACAUUUGGCUGAUCAGAGACUUCAAGUUAAUAAACUGAUCAUAGAGAUUUUGACCUCCAACAUGGCCAAGUGGCAACAGGAGAAGGAAGAUCUACAAGGAAAAUUAAAGUUGAGAGAACAUCUGUCUCAAACUGCUGGCAAGAGUGAAGCCGCACCAGCUCCUUCAAAGAACAUUGAUUUAGAGAUGAAACAGCUGCAGUGCAAACUAAAGAAUUCGGACGCUGAGAUCGCUGAGCAAUCGACCACCAUUAGGUCGCUGGAAAAACAAGUCCAGGCAAAAGAAGGAUGGAUUCGGGCGCUGCGAGCGGAAAUAUUUGAGUUGGAGAGGGACUUUACUAUGAAAAGACACUUUAUAGAAGACUUAAAGUCUUGCCUAAAAGCAAAUCAAGAAAAUGAGAAAAUCUCAAAUUAAAUAUUGGAAAGUCUUGAGAGAAAGGUGAAGGCACUGGCUGAUGACAAAAAGGCUUCCAUUGACUCAAUGAAACAAAGGUUUAAUGUAGCUAUGAAAGAGACGUCUCAGUAUGAGCAGAUGUAUCACAAAGCCAAGGAUGAUUUGAAGAAAAAGGAUCUCAAGAUUACUAAACUGCAGAGAAAAGUGAUUGAGAUUGAAUAUGCUAUGACUAAGCUUGAAUCUGCUGCAUCUCAACAACUACAUGGCUUGACUAAGCAGAGUACACAGGCUUUGGAAACUAUGCAGAAGGAGCUGCUACUCACUAGAGACAAAGUAGAAGAGUUCAAGACAUUUGUGAAGACACUAACCAGAGAGUUACAGCACAGUGUACAAUAGCUGAGAACAGAAGUUACUGGCAAAAAAAUGGGAGAAAUGAAAGCAUGCAAAAAGUGUCUUUUCCAAGAGAGUAUUCAAUUAGCAUCUAUCCUUAAUGUUUCAACAACUGAUCUUUAUGAAAUACUACAAGAAGGAGAUGAUGAUGUAAGAAACAGCAGAAAUGGAAAAAUGGAAUUUGAAAAAAAUAAAAAAUGGCUACAGCGCAUACAGAAACUUCUUGAAGCACAGUUUCCUUUUGCCUCAUACUUAAUGGAUGCUGUACUGGAAAAAUUAAAUGAGAAGAAGAAAGUGGUAGAAGAGUGGAGUUCCCUCAUGAACUGCUUACAAGCAGGUAUUGUAUUCAAAACAAGCAGGCAUUGUUUUAACCAAAGGUGGUUUCCUCUCCCGGUGCUGCCUGAUAUGGCCUCUAGAUGGCAAACUCUCCCAAAAAAUGAGCUCAGUGCUUUGGUCCGUGCCGCGCCCCCGAUGCUGAGUCAGGCAGCCCGUCCCUCGGGCAGCAGAGCUGACAUCUCUGCAUGUGAAAUUAAUGGGCUCUUUACGGUCCUUGCGCCUAAGAAGCCUGUGAGGCUGCCAGCUGGCAUGGGAACUGGUGUGUUUAGAACAGGACAGUUUGAUGUUCUGACACAGAUACUGUACGAGCUGGGCUCGCCCUUUGGCUCCCUGGGCCCUGAAAUGUGCUUCCUCCAGGAGCACAGUCUCCUCCGGCGCCUGGAUCCAGGAGCUGUAAUUCUGAGAAAAAGCCACCACAGCCAAGGCAGCAUCAGCCCCGAGUGUCGGCGCUGGGUGAGCCCGGAUCCGUCGGACAAAGUGUCCCCAUCUAAGUUGCGCUGGAAGAGACGAAGCCCUGCCGAGCUGCCCAAUCCUGAGCUGAUCACUUUUAAUAAAGGCAUUAAAAAGGAGAAGAAGUUUCCUGGCCCUGCUUAUUUCACAGAUGACACCAAGCUGAAUGAUGUAGUUGAUACUUUAGAGGGAAGAGAUGCCAUCCAGGUGUACAGUGAUAGGCUUGAGAGGUGGGCCCACGUGGACCUCAUGAAGUUCAGCAAGGACAAGUGUAAGAAACUGCACCUCUUGAACAUCAAGGCUAGAGAACUGAAGGCACAUGUGUUUUUGAUUGAAGUCCCUGGCUCAGUUCUUACCAAGGAUCAGGGAAGGCUGCUGAGGCGAGACCGAGCUCCGAGCAGCGCGCAGAAGACCCACGCCCGUGGCCGGGACCGCCGCGGCGGGGGCCGGGUGCCCAUCGCGGGGGUGUCCGCGCCGGACGAGCGCUCUGUCCGCGCGUGUGCGAGCGCCGUCGGCCACAAGCGGAGGCGGGGGCGGGUGCGGGUCCCGAGCCGGCGGCCGUGA